AUGACUCCAAACCCUUCCCUCGUGUUGAACAAGGUAGACGACAUCACCUUUGAAACAUAUGAUGCCCCCACAAUUACUGAUCCCCACGAUGUUCUUGUCCAAGUGAAGAAAACCGGUAUCUGUGGUUCUGAUAUCCAUUACUAUGCUCAUGGAAAGAUUGGGCCCUUUGUCUUGAAGUCCCCCAUGGUUCUUGGACAUGAAUCCUCAGGUACUGUUGUUGAAGUUGGUUCUGCAGUAAAAGAUCUUAAACCAGGUGAUAAUGUGGCCAUUGAACCAGGUGUGCCAUCUCGUUUGAGUGAUGAAUAUAAACAAGGUAAAUAUAACUUGUGUCCUCAUAUGUGCUUUGCUGCUACACCUUCAGCAGAUGGUAAGAACCCACCAGGUACUUUAUGUAAAUAUUUCAAGUCUCCCCAAGAUUUCUUGGUCAAGUUACCAGAGCAGGUGACUUUGGAAAUGGGUGCUCUUGUUGAACCAUUGUCUGUUGGCGUUCAUGCUGCUCGUGUUGGUGGUAUCAAGUUUGGUGAUGUUGUGGCUGUUUUCGGUGCUGGUCCUGUUGGUAUAUUGGCUGCUGCUGUGGCUAAGAAGUUUGGUGCUUCUAAAGUUAUCAUCGUUGAUAUUUUUGAUAACAAGUUAGAGAUGGCUAAGGAAAUGGGUGUUGCUACUCACACCUUCAACUCUAAAACAGGCGGAGAUUACAAAAAAUUAAUUGAAGAAUUGGGUCAGGAACCAAACGUUGUAUUGGAAUGCACAGGGGCAGAACCAUGUAUCCGUAUGGGUGUCUUCUGCUUGGCUCAUGGUGGGAAAUAUAUUCAAGUUGGAAAUGCUCCUGGUGAUGUCACAUUCCCUAUAACCGAGUUUGGUAAUAAGGAAUUGACCCUAUUUGGAACCUUCAGAUAUGGCUAUGGUGAUUAUAAGACAGCGGUGGGUAUUUUAGCUCAAAACUAUGCUUCUAAUCUGCCUGAAAUUGACUUUGAAAAAAUGAUUACUCAUAGACUUAAAUGGGAAGAUGCUAUCAAGGCUUACGACUUGGUAAGAGCUGGUAAUGGUGCAGUCAAAUGUAUUAUUAGUGGUCCUGAAUAA